ACACACACACACACACACACACACACACACACACACACACACACACACACACACACACACACACACACACACUAAUUCCUUGUCUGUACCUACCCCAGAGUAAGCCAGAUGGUACUGGCAGCGCAAGCGAAGGCACUUCUUCCCUCUAUGGCAGCCUCGGUGCCCUUGCCAACCAGAACGUAGCUUUGGAACAGCCCAGCAUCUCGCAGCCCAAGAUGGAGAUGAAUGCCGGGCCGCUGAGUGGAGCGACAGGGAGCGGCCAGGCAUCGCUUUGGGCCAACACCAAGUUCUCCAAUGACCGCGACGGGAAAAUGGCAGAGAAGUUCCGUAGACUCAUGGGUGUCAAGAAUGCAGCUCCUGCAGAACCCCCAGCUGUGGUCGAGACAAAAACCAGUAAAGAGGGGAGGGACGUUGACUUGCUGCAGAAGCAAGAAACGAUGUUCUCCUCGAUGGAAAGGCAGUAUGAAAUGGCACGACUUGCUACUCACACUCACAAGGGCUUUGGUCUGGGGUUCACUAGUCAGUCUUUUAUGCCAAAGUAAAAGAAUCCUUUCUCUUUCCGUCUCCUCCACCUCUUUCUUCUUCCUCUCUUCCUCUUCCUAUUCUUCCUACUUUUCCUCUUGUAAUAAUUUACUUUACAGUUAUUCUUGUUAUAACUCUAUACCUGCUACUACUUCUUAACACAGAUUGUUAUAGAUUAUAUAAAGGGAUGAGAGUGUUGCUAUUUAUUUCACCUUCUGGGUAUGCAUAUUGUAGCUCUGUGUCAAGUUGUGUUAGUGUCAGGAGUGCUUAAUAUUAAUUGUUAUGUUCUCUAGAAAUCCUCAGAUGGAAGGCAUGAAAGUAUGUAGUACAACAGGUGCAACCCUUAUCAAAGAUUAUAAUGAUAACAGUAAUUUAACUUCCUGCAUUUAUUUGGAAUUGGAAACCAACACUCAUUAAAUUCCUCCUCAAAUCAUUGUUGAGUUUUUUUUAUUGCCUUUACAUCAAGGCCUGGUGUCUAAACUGAAAGACAAUAGAAUGCAUUUUCAGGAUAAAAAACACUAUUUAUGAAAAAAUAAAAGAUACUAUUUAUGAUGAUGAGACAAAACAAAGCCAUGUAUGUAUAUGUUCCAAUUCAGAUAGUGAUGAAUUAGGGGUUUGCAAUGGUUAUCUGAAGUUCAGGUAACAUACCUCUUAAUAUAGUUCAACUGAUUCAAAAGCUCUCUACUAUUGUACAAAAGUUUUAUGACUAGUACCUGAUUAUUUAGUGUGUUUUUGUUUUAAGUUUUUAAUUAUCACCAAUAUUAUUUUGUAAUUAGAGCACCAUAAAAUUGUAGCAAGUAUGAACUGUUUUACUGAAUGCUAUUUUUCUAGCUCAAGAACUCAUUUAGUGCUUUUCACUUUGGAGCAAGGGAAAAACAGUAUGCAGUUUUAACCAAUGCAAGUCGAGAUGUACAUGAACAUUAUUUGUGAUCAAUUGUCAUAUGUUAGGAUUGGAUAUAACACUAUAAUGCUUUAGUUUUAGGACACCUCAGAAAGUGAAUGGAGAAGGAAUGACUCCACACUUUUAUUAAUCUUGUUGUAAUCUUGCAUAUGUAUGUAAGUAGAUGUUGAGUAUUCAGGAACACCUUAUUACCCCUUAUCAUAUUAUACAAUGACCAUUUGGAUUCCCUGUCAAUCUGAUUAGUUAAAUGGCACAUUUUAGAAGGAAAAUAUUUAUUGUUGCAUAAUGUUAAUUGUUUCUGACUAAAAUUAACCUCGAAUUGAUAUAGGUAACAAUAGAUGACAAUGUAACUAGACCUCGCAAAGAAAAGUAAUCAAAAUUUU